AUGACGUACGGCGUUUGCCGUAUAAGCCGCGGUCGCUGCGAGGUCCCCCGCGACAUGAAGAAAGGCUGGCUCGCAGGCGACAGCGGGCGUUUACGACUUUUGGGCCCUGGUCCGGUCGUAAAGGCGACAGCGUUCGACGCGGCAGAUCAGAGGGAACCCCACUCUGGAGACGGCCGGUGUCUCGGGCAGCAAGCAAAUAGCUUCCUGCUCUCCACGAUUGUGGCAGGUGUGUUACCCACAUGCACAUGA